GGCAACAAGUCAAGUCCGUCCGUAUGAGUCAAAUGACAAGGAAAGCCGGAUGAAAAUAUGUGGUAACCACGGUGAUGGCAGGCUCUAUUUUGCCAUUGGCCAAGUACUGGACACCAAAAACAGUACGUACAUAAACAACAGUAUAAAGAGGCUAAAAAAGAAGCGAUAGAAUACUUCACAACUCAUUUACUAUGACCAACUCAACUACGAAACCUCCCCAGUCAUUCGGUGUUCUUCUCUUCCCUGGUUUCGCUCUGCUGGAUGCGUGCGGCCCACUCGAAUUGCUGAAUGGCCUAUCAUCUGUUGUUCCUAUGACCGUGUCAUUGAUUGCUGUGGACUCGUUGGAGCCAGUGGCAACCAUGGUACCGAUCGAAACAUUAUCCGAUGAUUUCAGAAAACGGGUUGAAAGUCAACAGCCUCUCGCUGUGCAAAGACUUUGUCCUACACACACGCUGGAGACUUGCCCUCCUUUGGAUGUGCUUCUCAUUCCUGGUGGAUUUGGAGUUCCUAAUGCAGCCAAGGACGAGCGAGUAUUGAAGUUCAUUACUGAAUCCAAAGCACAGACCAUCAUCACCGUCUGCAACGGCACGGGCAUUCUCGCUGCCACUGGAUUGCUGGACGGCAAAAAGGAGGUAACGAGCGGUCGACCCCAGGUGAAUUGGGUGCAAAAAGCCAGAUGGGUGCAUGAAGGACGCUACUGGACGUCAUCGGGUAUUUCUGCUGGCAUGGAUGUGGUUGCUGCUUAUAUCCGUGAGACGUUCGGCGAGCAAAUUGGCGAACUUGUUCCCGAUAUUUUGGAAUACACUCCGGAGCUUAAUCCCGACAACGACCCGUUUGUGGAUGCAUGGAAGAAAUACCUUCCCCCCAACCAAACCGAAUAGAUGAGAGGCGGCUCACUCGUAUGAUAGCAUACAUGAAAUAAAAGGAAACGGGCAUCGUAUGGCAUCUGUUGUUUUUGGAAUCUUUUUGUUAU